UGCAGCGGACCGGGUCGGGCGGACCGGGUCGGGCGGACCGGGACGUUCUGCUCGCCCUCUUGGCUCUCUGCGAUGGAAUCCAGUGGAUGACAGCAGCUGAAAACUCCCAGACGGAGGAAGAGGAGGUCGCCUCCAGAGCAUGGGCUGCGUCAAAUCCAAGCGGAGCGCCGCGGCCUCCCAGCACCCCAACUCCACGGAGAGGAAGCCCACGAGCGAGAAGGCCUACCUGGUGGGCGGCUCGGCGGACGGCUCGCCGCAGGUGAACGCGGCGCUGCUGGAGUACGCCCAGCGGCUGUCGGAGGACAUCGUGGCGCGGGCGGUGCAGCAGUGGCUGGAGGUGGACAGCCGCUACAGCGACAUCCCCUACAUCGAGUGCGACGUUCCGUGACGGGAACCUUCAGUCCUUCAGGCCUGGCGGCGGACGAGUCGACGGGAAUCCGGUCCGACUGGACAGGAUUCAUCCUGAAACCUUCCUCCAAACGGACCAACCCGCUCUCAUCCCAACUCUGUGACGAUGAGUCCCAGGAAUCUCAUCUGACCCUUGACCCUAGCCUCUCCCUGGAGCUUCUUUCACUGCCACUGCUUCGCCUUAACCUCUGCCCUCCGCCAGGUGGGCCUUCUGGGCCGCUGACGAUGCGUUCUCCUGAUUGGGAGCUUUGACAGGAUCCGAUUCAUCGGACGAACCGACGAGACGUUUCGGUUUUGGUUGGUUCGUUUUGGCUACGUUCACACAGCAGGCGAAUUCGCUCGAUUCCGAUCUCUCACCAAUUUGUUUGGAAAUAAAUCGGAUUGUUUCCACAGCAUGUCAAUACAUGUGGGAUUUUAUUCGACCUUUACGUCAUUGAGGUGAACGUGCCUCAUAAUUCUGCACCAGAAGAAGAAAGACGUAAAUCUGGACAUAAGCAAUGAAAAUGAUAAUCAUGAACUCAUGAAAGAAUUCUGAGUCAAUCGGAAAACUUUAAAAAAUACAUUUUCAUAGUCGUUUCCAUUAAAUAAAGAAAAUUAAAAUCACAUGAAGAAGACCACUUCCUGUAGUCUUUUUCUUCUUCAUUUCCUGCAGUAGUAACAUGCUAUUGUUGAUCCUGUGUUUCCAUUGCAGUAAAUAUACUAAUGUUGCUAAAACCUUUUUUUGAAAAGCUUGUUUUUUCUAAAUUUCCUUUGAGUGAAUUUAGUUUUUAAUUCCAAUUUGCGUAAUUUUAAGGGAAUGGAACCGCAGCAUCCCAACACUUCGGGUCCGAAUCCACCAAACAAAUACGCAGAAAAAAAAUCGUAUUUUAGCGAAAAGUCGGAACUGAGCCUGAAGACCUGCUGUGAGAACGUGAACAUUGUUCUGCUGUUGAUGCUUUGGUGAUAAACUUCCUCUGGUUGCUUCAGGAAACUCAGCAACCGAAACUCACUGUGCAAAAGUCUGGAGUCAUCAGCCUGAACCCGUCUGCUCCUGGACGGUUUUCAGUUUUUAUUCCGUUUCUUUGGUUAAAUCGAUGAAAAACACCAAAGAAAAAUAAAUUUUAGCUCCAACCAAAACCUGAAAACGAGUUUCAGGAACCGAAAACAUUUCAGUCCGGCCUCAUCAAACAUCCAGACUUUCUGAAACUCUCAAUGUUUCUCUUUGGGUUUUAUGAGCUUUUUUUUAAAGAAACAUAUAAAUUAGGAAAGUUCAGGUCUGGUUAAAUAUGUCGCCCAGUUUGGGUCAAAGUCAGAUCGGGUUUCUGUCGGCGUUCAUCCAGAUUACAAUCUGAGAAACAUUUAUGACUUCAUGGUCAUAAAGACCUAAAAUGAACCAAAGGCCACAGAAGGAGGUUUAAUGUGUUUCUGUGAGGCGUUCAAGUCCCGCGUGUUUAAAACUAAUCAGGUUUCAUUUGGUUUCUCUCCUCUUGUCUGAUCGGCAUCGUGUGAUUUCUGUGUCUCUGGGGAGUUUUAAAGAUCAAUAAUCUUUAUUAAAACUUUCAUCAGAAGCUUUAGGAAAAUGUUUUUCCGUUCGGAUCCAAACUGUCGGCUCAGUUAUUUAAAGUGGAGCAGGAGAAACUGGCCUGAGACCAGCGCAGCUCUAAACGCUCCACAAAUCCAAACGGCUCAAAGCUGCAGGACAAAAACACGUCGAGCUCAUAAAACACAGAAACCAGGUUUUAUUCUACGACCUUUAAUGAAAGGCCAUUAUGUUCGGUUUUGGAAAACUUCAGAUCUUUUUGUUGCCAAGAAAAGAGAAAAAUCAUCUUCAGGAAUCAGUCUGUAGUCAAUAUUUCUGCAGAAACACAAAAUCAGCAGUUUUAGAGCAGCGGUGUCCAAAGUGUGGCGCUGGGGCCUUUCAGAGGCCGGGCGAGGAUCCUGUUCGGACUCGGCUGCUUGGUUCAUGUCGGUUCCUCAAUGUAGCAAAUCACAGAUAUGAGACUAAACUGUUUCAUUUCAUUCCUCAUUUUUGUUCCAAAAGAAAAACAACAGAUGAUAAUUUGUAAUCAAAUCAUAAUUUGCAUUUCUGAAAAAAACCUGCACAGGUGAAGAAGCCAGUGAGUCUGAAGGGAUGGAUUCAGGAACUCAAGGAAAAGUCAAAUCAUUUUAACUGUUGAGAAGAAAAAUGAUGGAGCCAUAAAAAGAAAAAAAGCCAUUUGAGUUUCCAGACGUUUUGCUUGAAGCAGCAAUAAUUUGAGUUUCAAACGAGAAAAACAAAAAAGUUAUUUUAUUCAUUCAUAAAUGUCAGUUUCAGCUCAGAGUGAAAUAUUUUGCUUGGAUGUAAAUAUCUAGUCAGCAACAUUUUGCUUGCAAAUGACAUAUUUCCACGUGCUUAGAGUAACUAAAUAUCCUGGAGGAGCAGCGAUUCCUCUCUCCUCCAGCCUGAACCGUCAGCCUGAAGUCAUGCCUUCAGCCCCAGUGUUUGCUUUAGAGCGGGUCAAAGGUCAGGCUGAGCGCAGGACAAACUGCGCUCAGCUGCAGAGCCUCAGUUUUAGGAAACACUAAAACGUCUUCAGGUGAGACUCACCUGUGAGGACAGAACAGGAAGCUGCCAGCAGGAAGUGAACACAGUUUACAGAUUCACCAACCUGAGGCAGCAAGCCAACCAAAAAAACAAAAUGGCUGCCAGGGCAAGAACACGGGACAAACUCCAGGCACGGCAGCGGCAGAAUGAUGCUUGGGGCUCUGAGCAUCAGGAGAGCUGAGCCUGGAAAACAAACUAAAUACUUUCAAAUGAAAUAUUUAGGAUAUUUAGCUAAAUAUUCAGUUAGCAAACUAAUGUGGUUCAAAGAGUAAAUCUAGAUGUUAACUCACAUUUAUCAAACUAAAUAUUGAGAUCAAGAACUAAAUGUUUAGUAACAACAUUAAACAUUUAGCUUGUUAACUAAUAAUUUAAAAAACUAAAUAUUUAGCUUGUUGCUAAUAAAUCUGAAGCUACAUAUUAAGAUGGCAAACAGAUUUACAGCCCAAACUAAAUGGUGAUGAAAUUAGAUAGCUUAGUUAGCAAGCUAAAUAUAAAACUAAAUGUUUAGCUUGGGGCUAACAGAUCUCAGGCUAAGCUAAAUAUUUAGAGGAGAAACCAUCUGGACAUCAGGGUUACCAAGACGUCAGCCGCUGAAGCUAAUGCUAACAGAAUGCUAUGACUGGUGCAUUUUUCUGUUUUUGAUAAAUAAAAACUGUUUGUGAUUUUAUUUGUUUAUAUUCCAGGAUCCGGUGAGCAGCAGAUGAUCUGCUCUGGUAAUUAAACUUUAAAAUAAGACAUGCAAACGCAUCACUUCCUGUUUUUACCUUGAAAAAAUGUUGAUAAGUAAUAAACUUUUUUAUUGCUUUGUG